ACGCCCAGCUCCGGGUCGGUCAGGCUGGGAUUGAGGCUAGGAUCCACGUCGGGAAGUCCUGAAGUUCUGAUGGGGGACCAGGGGCUGUAGUUCCAGGCGGAAGGCACUACUGGAGCAAAGGCGCGGAGGUGGGAAUAAACAAACUUGGAGAACAGAUUAGGCCAGAGAGGUUACCAGAACCAGGCCAGGAUGGGCCUCAAGUGCCAAGAUGGGGAGCUGACACCAUCCUGAGGGUGAUGAGGAAGGGUUUUGAGCUGGGGAGGAACCUGGAGGAUGUUAAGUCAGAAAGAUCCCUCCAGCCACGCUGAGAGGAAGUCCCCACCAUACACUGAGACCUUGGCGGGGUCCCUUCCUUUGGGGUCUCCUUUCCUUUUCUGUAAACGGGGGAGAAGAUUGCCCCCACCGCACAAAGGCUAGUGCGUCCCUUCGAGUCAGGCAUUAGUGAGCUCCCAGGUGGUGUGAAGCCCCACUCCUCUCCUGCCUGGUUUCCACUUUAUUCCACAAACAUUUAUUAAGUACCUACCAUGCACCAGACACUUUCUCCGCCCUGGGGCCACAUCAGAAGGUCUUUGACCCCCCUGAGGAGUUGGAGCGGAAGGUAUGGGAGCUGGCACAGCUGGUGUGGCAGUCCUCCAACGUGGUGUUCCACACAGGCGCGGGCAUCAGCACAGCCUCAGGCAUCCCCGACUUCAGGGGCCCCCAUGGCGUCUGGACGAUGGAGGAGCAGGGCCUGGCCCCCAAGUUCGACACCACCUUCGAGAACGCGCGGCCCACGAAGACUCACAUGGCACUGGUGCAGCUGGAGCGCGUGGGCCUCCUCCGCUUCCUGGUCAGCCAGAACGUGGACGGGCUGCACGUGCGCUCCGGCUUCCCCAGGGACAAACUGGCAGAGCUUCACGGAAACAUGUUUGUAGAAGAAUGUGUCAAGUGCAGUACGUCCGGGACACCGUCGUGGGCAGCAUGGGCCUGAAGGCCACCGGCCGGCUCUGCACCGUGGCCAAGUCAAGGGGGCUGCGGGCCUGCAGGGGGGAGCUGAGAGACACCGUCCUGGACUGGGAAGACUCCCUGCCUGACCGGGACCUCACUCUGGCCGAUGAGGCCAGCAGGAACGCGGACCUGUCCAUCACGCUGGGCACCUCCCUGCAAAUCCGGCCCAGCGGGAACCUGCCCCUCGCCACCAAACGCCGCGGAGGCCGGCUGGUCAUCGUCAACCUGCAGCCCACCAAGCACGACCGCCACGCAGACCUGCGUAUCCACGGCUACGUAGAUGAGGUCAUGGCCCUGCUCAUGAAGCAUCUGGGCCUGGAGAUCCCAGCCUGGGACGGCCCCCGCGUGCUAGAGAGGGCGCUGCCGCCCCUGCCUCGCCCGCCCACCCCCACGCUGGAGCCCGGGGAGGAGGCCCCCGCCCAGCUCCACGGCCCAGCGCCCGCCAGCCCCAAGCAGGAGCCCGCAGCUGAGCCUGGCGCCCAGCACGACGGCUCCAGGCCCUCCAGCCCCAAAAGGGAGCCGCUGGACAGUCCUGCUCCCUGCAGGCCCCCCAAAAGAGUGAAGACCGAGGUGGUUCCCAGCUGACCGGGGGGCCUGGGGAGGGCGGGGCUGUUUGUAGAAACCAUGGAUUCUUUUUUUUUUUCUUACUGGUCUCACUUUGUUACUCGUCUCUGUCCUUGGGGGGAGACCUCAGGGUGCUGAGAGCUGGGCUCCAGGCCCCGGGGCAGACUUGCCCUCCAUUGCACCUCCCUUUAGCUUGGGACCUCUGGAGGGGGCCUGGGAAGGAGCAGCCCCACUGGACCCUGACCUUGGAGCUGACCCCC